GCCCGGGGCUCAGCAUAGAGCAGCGGCCGCCGGGCGGCGGAGGCGGAGGCCAGAGGCCCAUAUGCAGAUUGCAGGGCAAGCAAGCGCCACCCGGCGCUCGGCAUAGAGGGCCGCGGGGUGCGAGCGGCCGGGCGGCGCCAGGCGGGUUAGGCAGGUUCCGGGGCCCGCCGCUCCCCCCCCCCCUCCGCCUCCCCGCCCCCCUGUGUUGUCGCCUCUCCCUCUCGCUGCUUCACUUACGGGGCGAACAUGGCGCACAGCUGUCGGUGGCGCUUCCCCGCCCGACCCGGGACCACCGGGGGCGGUGGCGGCGGGGGGCGCCGGGGCCUAGGGGGCGCCCCGCGGCAACGCGUCCCGGCCUUGCUGCUUCCCCCCGGGCCCCCGGCCGGCGGUGGCGGCCCCGGGGCGCCCCCCUCCCCCCCAGCGGUGGCGGCGGCGGCGGGAAGCAGCGGGGCUGGGGUUCCAGGGGGAGCGGCCGCCGCCUCAGCAGCCUCUUCGUCGUCUGCCUCGUCUUCGUCUUCGUCAUCGUCCUCAGCCUCCUCAGGGCCGGCCCUGCUCCGGGUGGGCCCGGGCUUCGACGCGGCGCUGCAGGUCUCGGCCGCCAUCGGCACCAACCUGCGCCGGUUCCGGGCAGUGUUUGGGGAGAGCGGCGGGGGAGGCGGCAGCGGAGAGGAUGAGCAGUUCUUAGGUUUUGGCUCAGAUGAAGAAGUCAGAGUUCGAAGCCCCACAAGGUCUCCUUCAGUUAAAACUAGUCCUCGAAAACCUCGCGGGAGACCUAGAAGUGGCUCUGACCGAAAUGCAACUAGCCUCCCAGACCCACCUGUGUUCUCCCCUCUAAGUAAAUCAGAGACCAAGUCUGCAGACAAAGUCAAGAAGAAAGAUUCUAAGAGUAUAGAGAAGAAGAGAGGAAGACCUCCUACCUUCCCCGGGGUGAAAAUCAAAAUCACACAUGGAAAGGACAUUUCAGAGUUAACAAAAGGAAGCAAAGAAGAUAGUCUGAAAAAAAUUAAACGGACCCCUUCUGCUAUGUUCCAGCAAGCCACAAAGAUUAAAAAAUUAAGAGCAGGUAAACUCUCUCCUCUCAAGUCUAAGUUUAAGACAGGGAAGCUCCAGAUAGGAAGGAAGGGGGUACAGAUUGUAAGACGGCGAGGAAGGCCUCCAUCCACAGAACGGAUAAAGACCCCUCCAGGUCUCCUCAUCAACUCUGAACUGGAAAAGCCCCAGAAGGUCCGGAAAGACAAGGAAGGAACACCCCCACUCACAAAAGAAGACAAGGCAGCAGUCAGACAGAGCCCUCGAAGGAUUAAACCAGUCAGGAUUAUUCCUUCCUCUAAAAGGACUGAUGCGACAAUCGCUAAGCAGCUCCUGCAGCGGGCAAAGAAGGGGGCCCAGAAGAAAAUCGAGAAAGAAGCAGCACAGCUGCAAGGGAGGAAGGUGAAGACACAGGUCAAAAAUAUCCGGCAGUUCAUCAUGCCUGUGGUCAGUGCCAUCUCCUCGAGAAUCAUCAAAACUCCCCGACGGUUCAUUGAGGAUGAGGAUUAUGACCCUCCCAUUAAAAUUGCGCGACUCGAAUCCACACCAAACAGUCGGUUCAGCGCCACCUCCUGUGGAUCUUCUGAGAAGUCUAGUGCAGCUUCCCAGCACUCCUCUCAGAUGUCUUCGGACUCCUCCCGAUCUAGCAGUCCCAGCAUCGAUACCACCUCGGAUUCUCAGGCCUCUGAGGAGAUCCAGGCACUUCCUGAAGAGCGGAGCAACACCCCCGAAGUUCAUACUCCACUGCCCAUUUCCCAGUCCCCAGAAAAUGAGAGCAAUGACAGGAGGAGCAGACGGUAUUCAAUGUCAGAGAGAGGCUUUGGAUCAAGAACAACUAAAAAAUUACCAACUCUGCAAAGUGCCCCACAGCAGCAGACCUCCCCCUCUCCGCCUCCACCUCUCCUUACCCCUCCCCCUCCACUCCAGCCACCCUCCAGUAUAUCUGACCACACACCUUGGCUUAUGCCUCCAACUAUCCCCUUAGCAUCGCCGUUUUUGCCUCCUGCUGCUCCCAUGCAAGGGAAGCGGAAAUCUAUUUUGCGAGAGCCAACAUUUAGGUGGACUUCUUUAAAACAUUCAAGGUCAGAGCCACAGUACUUUUCCUCAGCCAAGUAUGCCAAAGAAGGUCUGAUUCGCAAACCAAUAUUUGAUAAUUUCCGACCCCCUCCACUAACUCCCGAGGAUGUUGGCUUCGCCUCUGGUUUUUCUGCAUCUGGUACUACCGCUUCAGCCCGAUUGUUUUCACCACUCCAUUCUGGAACAAGGUUUGAUAUCCACAAAAGGAGCCCAAUCCUGAGAGCUCCAAGAUUUACUCCAAGUGAGGCACACUCUAGAAUAUACGAGUCUGUGACCUUGCCUAGUAAUCGAACUUCUGUUGGAGCAUCCUCUUCGGGAUUAUCUAAUAGGAAAAGGAAAAGGAAAGUGUUUAGUCCGAUUCGGUCUGAACCAAGGUCACCCUCUCACUCCAUGAGGACAAGAAGCGGAAGGCUUAGUACUUCUGAGCUGCCACCUCUCACUCCCCCGUCUUCUGUCUCCUCCUCACUAAGCAUUCCUGUUAGUCCUCUUGCCGCUAGUGCCUUAAACCCAACUUUUACUUUUCCUUCUCAUUCCCUCACUCAGUCUGGGGAAUCUACAGAGAAAAGUCAGAGACCAAGGAAGCAGAGCAGUGCUUCAGCAGAGCCGUUUUCAUCGGACACUCCUACUCUCUUCCCGUGGUUCACCCCAGGCACUCAGCCUGAGAAGGGGAGAAACAGAGACAAGGCCGCCGAGGAGCUGUCCAAAGACCGCGGUGCUGACAAGAGCAUGGAGAAGGAUAAGAGUAGAGAGCGAGACCGGGAGAGAGAGAAGGAGAAUAAGCGGGAGUCAAGGAAAGAGAAAAGGAAAAAGGGCUCAGAAAUUCAGAGUAGCUCUGCUUUGUAUCCUGUGGGUCGGGUUUCCAAAGAGAAGGUUGCUGGAGAAGAUGUUGGCACUUCAUCUUCUGCCAAAAAAGCAGCGGGGCGGAAGAAGUCUUCAUCACUUGAUUCUGGGACCGAUAUUGCUUCUGUGACUCUUGGGGAUACAACAGCUGUCAAAACCAAAAUACUUAUAAAGAAAGGGAGAGGAAAUCUGGAAAAAAACAACUUGGACCUCGGCCCAACUGCCCCAUCCCUGGAGAAGGAGAAAACCCUCUGCCUUUCCACUCCUUCAUCUAGCACUGUUAAACAUUCCACUUCCUCCAUAGGCUCCAUGUUGGCUCAGGCAGACAAGCUUCCAAUGACUGACAAGAGGGUUGCCAGCCUCCUAAAAAAGGCCAAAGCCCAGCUCUGCAAGAUUGAGAAGAGUAAGAGUCUCAAGCAAACUGACCAGCCCAAAGCACAGGGUCAAGAAAGUGAUUCAUCAGAAACCUCUGUGCGAGGACCCCGGAUUAAACAUGUCUGCAGAAGAGCUGCUGUUGCCCUCGGCCGAAAACGAGCUGUGUUUCCUGAUGACAUGCCCACCUUGAGUGCCUUACCAUGGGAAGAACGGGAAAAAAUUUUGUCUUCCAUGGGAAAUGAUGAUAAGUCAUCAAUUGCUGGCUCAGAAGAUGCAGAACCUCUUGCUCCACCCAUCAAACCUAUUAAACCUGUCACCAGAAACAAGGCUCCCCAGGAGCCUCCAGUAAAGAAAGGGCGGCGAUCGAGGCGAUGUGGGCAGUGCCCUGGCUGCCAGGUACCUGAGGACUGUGGUGUUUGCACUAACUGCUUGGACAAGCCCAAAUUCGGUGGCCGCAAUAUAAAGAAGCAAUGCUGCAAGAUGAGAAAAUGUCAGAACCUCCAGUGGAUGCCGUCCAAAGCCUACCUACAGAAGCAAGCUAAAGCUGUGAAGAAGAAAGAGAAGAAGUCUAAGACCACUGAAAAGAAAGAAAACAAAGAAAGCACUGUUGUAAAGAGCUCCGUGGACUCUGGUCAGAAGACUACCCUACCAGCACGGGAGGAGCCUGCCCCAAAGAAGAGCAGCAGCGAGCCUCCGCCCCGCAAGCCCGUGGAAGAAAAGAGUGAGGAAGGGAGUGCCCCUGCGUCUGCGCCUGCACCUGCACCUGAACCCAAACAGGUCACCACUCCAGCUUCCCGGAAAUCCAACAAGCAGGUCUCCCAGCCAGCGCCAGUCAUCCCCCCUCAGCCUCCCAGCACAGCAGCACCGCAGAGAAAAGAAGUUCCCAAGACCACUCCAAGUGAGCCCAAGAAAAAACAGCCUUCACCACCAGAGCCAGGUCCAGAGCAAAGCAAGCAGAAAAAAGUGGCCCCUCGCCCAAGUAUCCCUGUAAAACAAAAACCAAAAGACAAGGAGAAGCCACCUCCAGUAAAUAAGCAAGAGAAUGCAGGCACUUUGAGCAUCCUCAACCCUCUUGCGAAUGGCAUCAGUUCUAAGCAGAAAAUCCCAGCAGAUGGAGUUCACAGGAUCAGAGUGGACUUUAAGGAAGAUUGUGAAGCAGAAAAUGUGUGGGAGAUGGGAGGCUUAGGGAUCUUGACUUCUGUCCCCAUAACACCGAGAGUAGUUUGCUUUCUCUGUGCUAGUAGUGGGCACGUAGAGUUUGUGUAUUGCCAAGUGUGUUGUGAACCCUUCCACAAGUUUUGCUUAGAGGAAAAUGAGCGCCCUCUGGAGGACCAGCUGGAAAAUUGGUGUUGUCGCCGCUGCAAAUUCUGCCAUGUUUGUGGAAGGCAGCAUCAGGCUACAAAGCAGCUCCUGGAGUGUAACAAGUGCCGAAACAGCUAUCACCCUGAGUGCCUGGGACCAAACUACCCCACCAAACCCACGAAGAAAAAGAAAGUGUGGAUCUGCACCAAGUGUGUGCGCUGCAAGAGCUGCGGAUCCACUACUCCAGGCAAAGGGUGGGAUGCACAGUGGUCUCAUGAUUUUUCACUGUGCCAUGAUUGUGCCAAACUCUUUGCUAAAGGAAACUUCUGCCCUCUGUGUGACAAGUGCUAUGAUGACGACGACUACGAGAGCAAGAUGAUGCAGUGUGGGAAGUGCGAUCGAUGGGUCCACUCCAAGUGUGAGAAUCUCUCAGGUACAGCAGAUGAGAUGUAUGAGAUUCUAUCUAAUCUGCCAGAAAGCGUGGCCUACACUUGUGUGAACUGCACUGAGCGGCACCCUGCAGAGUGGCGACUGGCGCUGGAGAAGGAGCUGCAGGCGUCCCUGAAGCAGGUUCUCACGGCCUUGUUGAAUUCUCGGACUACCAGUCACUUGCUUCGCUACCGCCAGGCUGCCAAGCCUCCAGACUUAAACCCUGAAACAGAGGAGAGCAUACCUUCCCGAAGCUCCCCAGAAGGGCCGGAUCCUCCAGUUCUCACUGAGGUCAGCAAGCAGGACGAGCAGCAGCCCCUAGACCUGGAAGGAGUCAAGAGGAAAAUGGACCAGGGCAACUAUGUGUCUGUGUUGGAGUUCAGUGAUGAUAUUGUGAAGAUCAUUCAAGCAGCCAUUAAUUCAGAUGGAGGGCAGCCAGAAAUUAAAAAAGCCAACAGCAUGGUCAAGUCUUUCUUUAUCCGGCAAAUGGAGCGGGUUUUUCCAUGGUUCAGUGUCAAAAAGUCCAGAUUUUGGGAGCCAAAUAAAGUAUCAAACAACAGUGGGAUGUUACCCAACGCAGUGCUUCCACCUUCACUUGACCAUAAUUAUGCUCAGUGGCAGGAGCGAGAGGAGAACAGCCACACUGAGCAGCCUCCUCUAAUGAAGAAAAUCAUUCCAGCUCCCAAACCCAAAGGCCCUGGAGAACCAGACUCACCCACGCCUCUGCAUCCUCCUACACCACCAAUCUUGAGUACUGAUAGAAGUCGAGAAGACAGUCCAGAGCUGAAUCCACCCCCGGGCAUAGAUGACAACAGGCAGUGUGCACUGUGUCUGAUGUAUGGUGAUGACAGUGCUAAUGAUGCUGGCCGCCUGCUCUACAUCGGCCAAAAUGAGUGGACACAUGUGAACUGUGCUUUGUGGUCAGCAGAAGUGUUUGAAGAUGAUGAUGGAUCACUAAAGAAUGUACAUAUGGCUGUGAUCAGGGGCAAGCAGCUGAGAUGUGAAUUCUGCCAAAAGCCAGGAGCCACCGUGGGUUGCUGUCUCACAUCCUGCACCAGCAACUACCAUUUCAUGUGUUCCCGAGCCAAGAACUGUGUCUUUCUGGAUGAUAAAAAAGUGUAUUGUCAACGGCAUCGGGACUUGAUCAAAGGCGAGGUGGUUCCUGAGAACGGAUUUGAAGUUUUUAGAAGAGUGUUUGUGGAUUUUGAAGGAAUCAGCUUGCGGAGGAAGUUCCUCAAUGGCUUGGAACCAGAAAACAUUCACAUGAUGAUUGGCUCGAUGACGAUCGACUGUUUGGGGAUUUUGAAUGACCUCUCUGACUGUGAAGAUAAGCUCUUUCCUAUUGGAUACCAGUGUUCUCGGGUGUACUGGAGCACCACAGAUGCUCGCAAGCGCUGUGUGUACACAUGCAAGAUUGUGGAGUGCCGCCCACCUGUUGUAGAGCCAGACAUCAAUAGCACGGUGGAACAUGAUGACAAUAGGACCAUUGCCCAUAGCCCAUCCUCGUUUAUAGAAACUUCAUGUAAGGACAGUCAAAGUACAGCUGCAAUUCUAAGUCCUCCAUCACCAGACCGACCUCAUUCACAGACCUCGAGCUCCUGCUAUUAUCAUGUCAUCUCAAAGGUCCCUAGGAUUCGAACACCCAGCUACUCCCCUACACAGAGGUCUCCUGGCUGCCGGCCGUUGCCUUCUGCAGGAAAUCCCACCCCAACCACUCAUGAAAUCGUCACAGUAGGCGAUCCUUUACUCUCCUCUGGUCUUCGGAGCAUUGGCUCCAGGCGACAUAGUACUUCUUCCUUGUCACCCCUGCGGUCCAAGCUCCGGAUAAUGUCUCCGAUGAGAACUGGGAGUGUGUACUCCAGGAAUAGUGUUUCCUCAGUCUCCACCCUUGGUACUGCUACAGAUCCCGAGUCAAGUGCCAAAGCAACUGAUCGCGUCGGAGGGCCAUUGAAUUCAAGUUCUAAUCUUGGGCACAGCACUCCCACCUCUUCAGGAUCACAAAGGACAAUGGUACCUGGAGGCUCCAAAACUAGUCAUUUAGAUGGAUCUUCAUCCUCAGAAGUAAAGCGUUCUAGUACUUCAGAUUUGACACCCAAGGGCUCUUCAUUAAAGGGAGAAAAAACCAGAACUCUGAGUUCCAAGAGCUCAGAUGGAUCUGCACAUAACACAGGUUACUCUGGGAUUCCUAAACUGGUUCCACAGGUCCAUAACGCCACUGCAGGAGAGUUAAGCAUUAGUAAAAUGGGCACUUUUGCUGACCCCUCUUCAGUGCCCUUUUCUUCUAAAGAGACUCUCUCCUAUCCACAACUCCACGUGAGGGGACAAAGGAAUGAUCGAGACCAGCACACAGAUUCUUCCCAGUCAGCAAAGCCUUCUCCAAAUGAAGACAGUGAAAUCAAAACCUUGAAGCUUUCUGGUGUGGGCCACAGGCCAUCCAUUCUUCAUGAACAUGUAGGGUCCAGUUCUAGAGACAGGAGACAGAAAGGGAAAAAGUCUUCUAAAGAGACUUGCAAAGAGAAGCAUUCCAGUAAAUCAUCUUUGGAACCUGGUCAGAUUACGACUGGUGAGGAAGGAAACCUGAAGCCAGGGUUUGUUGAUGAGGUCUUGACUCCUGGGUUUCUGGGGCAACGGCCAUGUAAUAAUGUUUCAUCUGAUAAGAUUGGGGAUAAAGUUCUUCCUAUUUCAGGAGUCCCUAAAGGUCAAUCCACACAAGUAGAAGGGUCUUCCAAGGAGUUACAGGCACCCCGGAAGUGCUCAGUCAAAGUGACACCUCUGAAAAUGGAGAGUGAGAAUCAAUCUAAAAAUACCCCAAAAGAAGGUGGCCCUGGCUCCCCUGCACAAAUAGAACCAGCAUGUCCAGCAGAGCCAGUUUCCGCUUCCAGAAGUCCAGGAGCUAGCCCAGGUGUUCAGCCGAGCCCCAACAAUACCUCAUCCCAAGACCCUCAAAAUAACAACUAUCAGAAUCUUCCAGAACAGGACAGAAACCUCAUGAUUCCAGAUGGCCCCAAGCCUCAGGAGGAUGGCUCUUUUAAGAGGCGGUACCCCCGCCGCAGUGCCCGUGCAAGGUCUAAUAUGUUCUUUGGGCUCACCCCACUCUAUGGAGUAAGGUCUUACGGUGAAGAAGACAUUCCAUUCUACAGCACUUCUACUGGGAAAAAGCGAGGAAAGCGGUCAGCAGAAGGACAGGUGGAUGGGGCCGAUGACUUGAGCACUUCUGAUGAAGACGACUUAUACUAUUACAACUUCACCAGAACGGUGAUUUCUUCUGGUGGAGAGGAGCGGCUGUCAUCCCAUAAUUUAUUUCGAGAGGAGGAACAAUGUGAUCUGCCAAAAAUUUCACAGUUGGACGGUGUUGAUGAUGGGACAGAGAGUGAUACUAGUGUCACUGCCACAGCCAGGAAAAGCAGCCAGAUUCCAAAAAGAAACGGUAAAGAAAAUGGAACAGAAAACAUAAAGAUUGAUCGACCUGAAGAUGCUGGCGACAAAGAGCAUGUCAUUAAGAGUGCUGUUGGCCAUAAAAACGAGCCAAAGCUGGAUAACUGCCACUCCGGAGCCAGAGUGAAAGCCCAGGGCCAGGACUCCCUGGAAGCUCAGUUCACCUCCUUGGAAUCAAGCCGCAGAGUCCACAUGAGCACCCCCUCAGACAAAAACUUACUGGACACCUACAACACUGAGCUCCUCAAGUCUGACUCUGACAAUAACAACAGUGAUGAUUGUGGGAACAUCCUGCCUUCAGACAUCAUGGACUUUGUACUAAAGAACACUCCGUCCAUGCAGGCUCUGGGUGAGAGCCCAGAGUCAUCGUCUUCUGAACUCUUGACUCUUGGUGAAGGGCUGGGGCUUGACAGUAAUCGGGAAAAGGACAUGGGUCUUUUUGAAGUAUUUUCUCAGCAGCUGCCGGCGACAGAGCCUGUGGACAGUAGUGUCUCCUCUUCCAUCUCAGCAGAGGAGCAGUUUGAGCUGCCUCUUGAGCUGCCGUCUGACCUCUCUGUCCUGACCACCUGCAGUCCUACCGUCCCCAGCCAGAAUCCCAGUAGAUUGGCUGUCAUCUCAGAUUCAGGGGAGAAGCGAGUGACUAUGACAGAAAAGUCUGUAUCCUCCACCGAGGGUGACCCAGCAUUGCUGAGUCCGGGAGUAGACCCUGCUCCUGAAGGCCACAUGACUCCUGAUCAUUUCAUCCAAGGACACAUGGAUGCAGAUCACAUCUCCAGCCCUCCCUGUGGUUCAGUGGAACAAGGUCAUGGCAACAAUCAGGAUUUAACUAGAAACAGUAGCACCCCUGGCCUUCAGGUACCUGUUUCCCCUACUGUUCCCAUCCAGAACCAGAAGUAUGUGCCCAAUUCUACUGAUAGCCCCGGCCCAUCUCAGAUCUCUAAUGCAGCUGUCCAGACCACUCCACCCCACCUGAAACCAGCCACUGAGAAACUCAUUGUCGUUAACCAGAACAUGCAGCCACUUUAUGUUCUCCAAACUCUUCCAAAUGGAGUAACCCAAAAAAUCCAAUUGACCUCUCCUGUUAGUUCUGCACCCAGUGUGAUGGAGACAAAUACUUCGGUAUUGGGGCCCAUGGGAAGUGGGCUCACCCUAACCGCAGGACUAAAUCCAAGCUUGCCACCUUCUCAGUCUCUGUUCCCUCCUGCUAGCAAAGGACUGCUCUCCAUGCCUCAUCACCAGCACUUACAUUCCUUCCCUGCGGCUGCUCAGAGUAGUUUCCCACCCAACAUCAGCAGUCCUCCUUCAGGCCUGCUUAUUGGGGUUCAGCCUCCUCCAGAUCCCCAACUCUUGGGUUCAGAAGCCAACCAGAGGACAGACCUCACUACCACAGUAGCCACUCCAUCCUCUGGACUCAAGAAAAGACCCAUAUCUCGUCUACACACUCGAAAGAAUAAAAAGCUUGCUCCCUCUAGUGCCCCUUCAAACAUUGCCCCUCCUGAUGUGGUUUCUAACAUGACACUGAUUAACUUCACCCCCUCCCAGCUUUCAAACCACCCCAAUCUGUUAGAUUUGGGGUCACUUAACACUUCAUCUCACCGAACUGUCCCCAACAUCAUAAAAAGAUCUAAAUCUGGCAUCAUGUAUUUUGAACAGGCACCCCUGUUACCACCACAGAGUGUGGGCGGAACCGCUGCCACAGUGGCGGGCACAUCAACGAUAAGCCAGGAUACUAGCCACCUCACAUCUGGGCCCGUGUCUGCCUUGGCAUCUGGUUCCUCCGUCUUGAAUGUGGUAUCCAUGCAAACUACAACAACCCCUACAAGUAGUACAUCAGUUCCAGGACAUGUCACCCUAACCAACCAGAGGUUGCUUGGGACCCCAGACAUUGGCUCAAUAAGCAAUCUUCUAAUCAAAGCCAGCCAGCAGAGCCUGGGCAUUCAGGACCAACCUCUGACUUUACCACCAAGUUCAGGAAUGUUCCCACAACUGGGAACAUCACAGACUCCUGCUGUUGCAAUGACAGCAGCAUCUAGCAUCUGUGUGCUCCCCUCACCUCAGACUACGGGCAUGACAGCUGCAUCCCCUUCUGGGGAGGCCGAAGAACACUAUAAGCUGCAGCAAGUGAACCAGCUCCUAGCUGGCAAAACCAGCAUCCUCUCUUCACAGCGGGAGCGGGAUCCUGACUCUGCUUCAGGGACCCAGCCAUCCAACUUCACCCAGACAGCAGACACUCCUAAUGGUGUGAAGCUAGAGCAGAACAAGGCUUUACCCUCAGCCAAGCAAGCCAGCUCCACCUCUCCGGGGAGCUCCCCAUCCUCUGGACAGCAGUCAGCAAGUUCCUCAGUGCCAGGUCCCACUAAACCAAAACCAAAAGUCAAAAGGAUUCAGCUGCCCCUAGACAAAGGGAAUGGCAAGAAGCACAAAGUUUCCCAUUUGCGGUCCAGUUCUUCUGAAGCACACAUUCCAGACCAAGAAGCCAAGCCGGUGCCCCAGCCCUCAGCCACACGGACGCCUAGAACCGACAGGGAGCAGCAGGAUGCAGCUGGUGUGGAACAGCCUUCACAGAAGGAGUGUGGGAAGCCUGUGGGACCAGUGGCUGCUCUUCCAGAAAUUCAGGCAAUCAAUCCAGCAAGUGAGCAAGAAAAUGCAGAGCCGAAAGCAGUGGAAGAAGAAGAGAGCGGUUUCAGCUCACCACUGAUGCUUUGGCUCCAGCAGGAACAAAAGAGGAAGGAAAACAUCACUGAGAAAAAGCCCAAGAAAGGACUUGUUUUUGAAAUUUCAAGUGACGAUGGCUUUCAGAUCUGUGCGGAAAGCAUUGAAGAUGCCUGGAAGUCACUGACAGAUAAAGUCCAGGAAGCCCGAUCCAAUGCCCGUCUGAAGCAGCUCUCAUUUGCAGGUGUGAACGGUUUGAGGAUGCUCGGGAUUCUCCAUGAUGCGGUUGUGUUCUUGAUUGAGCAGCUGUCUGGUGCCAAGCACUGUCGGAAUUACAAAUUCCGUUUCCACAAACCAGAAGAGGCCAAUGAACCCCCCUUGAACCCUCACGGCUCAGCCAGGGCUGAGGUCCACUUGAGGAAGUCGGCAUUUGACAUGUUUAACUUCCUGGCUUCUAAACAUCGGCAGCCUCCUGAGUACAACCCUAACGACGAGGAAGAGGAGGAGGUACAACUCAAGUCUGCUCGGAGGGCAACAAGCAUGGAUCUCCCGAUGCCCAUGCGUUUCCGGCACUUAAAAAAGACUUCUAAGGAGGCGGUUGGUGUCUACAGGUCUCCCAUCCACGGCCGGGGUCUUUUCUGUAAGAGAAACAUCGAUGCAGGUGAGAUGGUGAUUGAGUACGCUGGCAAUGUCAUCCGCUCCAUCCAAACUGACAAGCGCGAGAAAUACUAUGACAGCAAGGGCAUUGGUUGCUACAUGUUCCGAAUUGAUGACUCAGAGGUAGUGGAUGCCACCAUGCAUGGAAAUGCUGCCCGCUUCAUCAAUCACUCAUGUGAGCCUAACUGCUACUCCCGGGUCAUCAAUAUCGAUGGGCAGAAGCACAUUGUCAUCUUCGCCAUGCGCAAGAUCUACCGAGGGGAGGAGCUCACCUAUGACUACAAGUUCCCCAUUGAGGAUGCCAGCAACAAGCUACCUUGCAACUGUGGCGCCAAGAAAUGCCGGAAAUUCCUGAACUAAAGCUGCUCACCUUCCUGUGAUGGAGUACCAGGACCCAGGGCCACCCAAAGCCAUGCUGAAGGACUUCUCAGCAGCCAGGAGCUCCAGGAUUGAGCGGGCAGUUGAGGGUCCUCUGGCUGAGCACCCUAAAGUCCCACAUUCACAUCAUGUGAUCAUAGUCUUGGAAAGAGGGGUCUCAAGGAAAAAACCAUGGUUGGCUUUCUCAUGGGGCCUUUCUGAUUGUUUGUUGGAAACAUGGGUAACAGGCUCCUGGGAGAUUUCCCUGGAGGAGCAUGUAGAGGGUGACUCCCAGUGGAGAUGGGAUCUGAGCAUGUCCUCAGAGCAGUUUGUCGUUUUCACCUCAGCCCUCUCCCAAGCCCUAUAAGCGAUGGGUCAGACAAGAACCCAGAUUCAGGGCUGGUGGGAUGCCUGGCAGUGUGCCAGUCAGGCCUGGCCCGUGGCCAUCUGUUCAACAAACAGAAGGUCUGGUGGUUUUCCCUACUUAAGAGUUUGCUUUGAUUGGGAGACAGGUUUCCUAGCACCUCUGGUGUCAAAAGGCUGUCUUGGGGUUGUGCCAAUUAAUUACCAAACAUUGAGCCUGUGGCUGUAAGUGGGAGUGUUACCCUGUGAGCCUUACCACAGCCAGUGACCUUUCUUGACAAUAGAGCGGCUCCCUCUCUAUCCCUUCUCUUCACGCCUUCCCCCUCCUCCAUCCUUCAUCUGCUGCUUCCCAUUCUUCUUUCUGGGUGGCAGGGCUUGUCUCCCUGCUCAAGGACACUCCCUAAUGGGUAUAGGAAGUGCCUACAGAAAGUCCCCUGAGCCUGUAAGCACUCCAGGUGGGGAAGUGGACAGGAGCCAUUGGCCAUAACCAGACAGAAUUUGGAGAUCUCAUAAAGCUCCACUGAGAGUUUUAAAGAGAUAUAUGUAGCAAGAUUUUUUUACAACAAGCUAAAGAUGAUUUCAGUAGGAUUUGAGUCCCGCAACAGCCAGGGUACAAUAACCAGGAUAAGCCCCAGCCCUUUCUAGGACAUGCUUGCUUUCUUUUCCCUUUCUUAAAAGACAUAGGAAGAUGAGUUUCUAAACGGUCAGUGUCCAGCUGAAAGAACACUAAUCAGAUUUCAAGGCCCCAGACUUGGGGCUAGACCACAUGUGCUGGGGGGCCUCUGCCAGCUGCCUGCAGUCCGGCUGGCUGAGCAAACUUAAUGACACUACUGCCUGGUUACUUCUUAGGAUGUGGACAAACAGCAACAAAUGUUUCUUUCUUCCCCCAAGAUAGUGUCUUGAACCUGUUAAAUUAAGUCAUUGGAUUUUACUCUGUUCUGUUUACAGUUUACUAUUUAAGGUUUUAUAAAUGUAAAUAUAUUUUGUAUAUUUUUCUAUGCGAAGCACUUCAUAGGGAGAAGCACUUAUGACAAGGCUAUUUUUUAAACCGUGGUAUUAUCCUAAUUUAAAAGAAGAUCGGUUUUUAAUGAUUUUUUUAUUUUCAUAGGAUGAAGUUAGAGAAAAUAUUCAGCUGUCCACACAAAGUCUGGUUUUCCUGCCCAGCUUCCCCCUGGAAGGUGUAUUUUUUGUUGUUCCAUGUAUAGCUUGUUUGUGCCCAUUGACAUAAAUGUUCCCUGGGUCUGCUCUUUCCGGUAAUGGAGAAAGAAAGUCACCGCUCCGUUAGGCACUGCCCUCCGUUGCCGAGGAAGCUCCCAGAGGCACAGCAGUCUCUCCUGCACUGCCCCCUCCCUCUAGAUCAGCUCCAGAGGGCCGAGCAGCGCAUUCCACUUCCCGCACCUUUCUCUUUCAGAGUUAGCAGCCAUCAAGUUGGCAACCUGACCUUUGCCAUCACUGUCUGCCUCAUAGAUCAUCUCCUUUCCUUCUUGUCUGUCCGCCAAGUCCUUGUUCCUACAAAGAACCCACUGACCACCUCGUGCCCUCUUUGGGGGCAGCCUGUUGAAACUGAAGCACAGUCUGACCACUCGCGAUCAAGCAGAUCUCUGCACCUGACACAAGGUUUCAGGGUAGUGUAGUCCAAGUAGAGGGUGGGGCGUCCUCUUCUCCUAUGGAAGUCAGCAAAGCAAUAUGAUGCAGCCCAGCUCUCUGCCCAGGACUCAUGGCUCUGCUGUGCCUUCCAUCCUGGGCUCCCUUUUCUUCCAUGACCUUAAGAACUUUGUCUGGUGGCUUUGCUGGAACUUUGUCACUGUUUCCACUGUCAUGUGGGAAGCCCAGCACUGUGGCCAGGAUGGCAGAGACUUCCUUGUCAUCGUGGAGAAGUGCCAGCAGGGGACUGGGGAAAAGCUCUCUACCCAGACCUCACCUCCCACCCUCCUUUGCCCUUGAACAAGAUGCAGUGGCCCGAGGGGUUCCACUAGUGUCUGGUUUCCUUUCUUAUUGCACUGUGUGAGGUUUUUUUGUAAAUCCUUGUAUUCCUAUUUUUUUUAAUGAGAAAAAUUGAAGCUGCAUUUGUUACUGAAACGAUUAAUGCACUGAUGGGUCAUGCAUUCACCUUGAGAGAGACCCAAAGGCCAGUCAGAGGGUGGGGGAAACUCAGCUAACAGACCUAGUUACUGCCCUGCUAGGCCAUGCUGUACUGUGAGCCCCCUCCUCAUCCUCUUUCUACAACCCUAAUCCCUGAGGACGGGAGGAACCCACCUUCCCUCCUCCUGCCAGCUGCAGAUGGUUUGCCUUGCUUCCCACCCACUGUCAACCACAGAAAUCCCUCUUUCAGCUCAGCCUUGAGUCCAUUGCCAAAAUUCAGCAUACCUGCCAGCAACUUGGGGGAUAAGCCAGAGCGCCCCCACAAGAGGGAAAGAGGGUAACCAAACAAAAGGCACAGCUGUCUCCAAAAUAUGUCUGACUUCAUUUUGAAAGUGACCAAGCGAACCUCUGCACAAAAGUGCAGUUUGAGGACUUGCGUGGUGGGUCAUUCCCAAGAAUCCCCUAAGGGGCGGUCCACACCCCUAGGAAUGACAGCUGCAAACCUCGUGGGUUCUCAGAGCCAGCUCUCAGACGGCUUUGCUGCUAGAACCUGUUGUGGCUGCAUUUCCUGGUGGCCAGUGACAACUGUGUAACCAGAAUAGCUGCAUGGCGCUGACCCUUUGGCCGGAACUUGGUCCCUGGGCUCCUUCAUUGUUAACCACCAUGUCCAGCACAACCCCUUCCUUGUUUUUAGACCAAUCACAAUUAAGGGGGAAGCCCUGGUACCUCUUAGGUUUCAACCCAAACUCCUUUGCCAGGACCCAGCUCACCUCUGUCAAUCCCCCGGCCAAUCCAAUGAGCACCAUGCAGCAACCUUGACAUUUAAAAAAAAAAAAAGAAAAAAAAAAGAAAAAAACUUAAAAAAAACUAAAAAUUAAAAAAAGACAAAACACAUAUAAAAAAUAUUUUAAUGAAUGUAUCUUUCUAAAGGACUGACGCUCAAUCAAAUACCUGAAAAUACUAAAGGUCAGAGCCUCAUCAGAUGUUCACUGUUUUUGGAUUUGGGAUUCCUUUUCAUAAAAACCAAGUUGUUGUUUUUUUGUUUGUUUGUUUUUAAGGAAAAGCGGGUCAUUGCAAAGGGCUGGGUGUAAUUUUACUUUCCUUUCCUUCAUUUUAAAGCAAUACAAAGUUAUUGAGCAGAUAGUUUUGUGCCGAAUCAUGAAAAAUCAUGAACACCAGUCAAGUCUCUCACUCUGAAAACUUGCAACCUUUUUGUUUGUUCGUUUGUUUUGGUUUUCAAAUAAAUAUAAAUAUAUAUAUAUAUAUAGGAACUAAUAUAGGAAUGCACCAUUGUAACAGCCUAGUUCAGUCCAUGGCUUUUACUUCUCUUAACACUAUAGAUAAGAAUUGUGUUGCAGUUACUAGUCGAGGCAGGAAAACAUCAGGCUCCUGGGGCCUACGCAGGAAUCCCGAACCACAAAGGGAUGACAGGCACCCGUCCCCAAGAUCAGAGUACAAUGCAGAGUGGUGUUACCUGGGCCCUUCCUGCCUGUGAACGUUGCCAGUUGGUACCUGUACUCCUCGUUUCUCUACUUUUGGUUAUGAAUGUUGGGGUUUCCACCUGCAUUUAGGGGAAAAUUGUGUUCUGUGCUUUCUGGUAUCUUGUUCUGAGGUACACUAGUUCUGUCUUUCAACCAAGAAAAUAGAUUUGUGGUGUUCUUUUCUUGACCUUACAGUCUCCUUAGCAAAUACAGGCGGUUGAAUAAUUGUUUCAAGAGCUGAACAAUGACAAGCUUCGUUUCUAGACUAAGACAUUUCUCAACAACUGUAUCAUGUACAAUGGAUCUUUUGGGGUUGUUUUGUUUUGUUUUUCCCUUUUUUUCCUUGUGUUCUUCCAAGCUUCUGGUUAGAGAAAAAGCGGGGGUGGGGGAGGAAAAUGUGUCUAAAGUCCAUCAGUGUUAACUCCCUGAGACAGGGACGAAGGAAAAUACUUUAAUAGUUCAAAAAAUAAUAAUGCUGAAAGCUCUCUACGAAAGACUGAAUGUAAAAGUAAAAAGUGUACAUAGUUGUAAAAACAAAAAAGGAGUUUUUAAACAUGUUUAUUUUCUAUGCACUUUUUUUUAUUUAAGUGAUAGUUUAAUUAAUAAACAUGUCAAGUUUAUUGCUGCACUCAGCUUCCUUUUGGCCUUGGUGGGAGGUGGGGAAGAGAGGGGCAUGUGACUGGGUUACUGAGUGCCCAGACCUCCCUUCUUUAAGAUGGUUCCCUUACCUGGGGUGUCCUUCACUGAGUGGUGAUGUGUAUCUGUGACCUCACAGGUUCUGGAUGAAAGGGCUUCGUUUCUGUCUACCUAUAUCCUCUAAUGGGAGGCUAGUGGUUUCUAAACCCAACUAUAAUAAAAUAAAAGCAU